GUUUGCAUUCAUCGAUGACACAAGUCGGAGUUGUUGACUCUUCUUCAUCAUCCCAACAUGCAGGAAGAGCAAGCAUGUUACGUAGCUCGUAAGCGCUGGAGCGACGUUCGAGGGUAGGGUGCUCCGAGCUGGAGGUGUUACCAUCUCGUAGAACAGUAGUAACGCGACAUCGUAAAAACUCUUCUUGAUACAAAAACUAUCUACCAUCUCGUAGAACAGUAGUAACGCGACAUCGUAAAAACUCUUCUUGAUACGAAAACUAUCUACCUGUGACAAAUCAAUUCUCUUUCGACCAUAUUCCGAAAACGAGUUGAAGAUUCAUUCCUCACUUUUUCGUGUUUUUUGAUUCGGAAGACCUGCGCUCCUUAUUAAGCAGAGCGUGCACCAAAAUGACGUCUAGUAUCGCACACUUGCCGCCAAGCCAGCUGCAGCUUGCAGCCCCCGCAUCGGAGAUUCGGUAUUGGAUUGAUGCAGGGAAGGACGAAACAGAAGAGAGAGUCGAACUUCCAAAGGGUAUCAACAUACUACUUACUUUUUUCACAAAAUGCAACAAACCUCUGUCCUGCACGGGCACGUUCCUGAGAAUGCCACAGGUCCAUAUGCAGGUAAUUCGGAGGAUGGAAUUUCCCUAUGUUCAAUUGAUAAGCAACAUUAUUGAUGCUAUGAGCCUCGUGCCAGCACACUAUGCCUCUUGUACAACACCCAAACAGACGACGAGGAGGUAGAGGAGCUUUUGCAGUUACCAUUAGCGGCAGUGCUUGAGCGAACAAGAGAAUUAGAUCUCGAGGGCAUGCAGAAAAGGACACUAGAGUUGAGUGCGAGCCUUUCGACACUAAACGCGAAGCUCAGAUCAGCACGGGACAAGAAACCUGAAACUAGCAAAGUAGGAGCUCUUCAAGCAGAGCUGUGUGCGAAGGAGGUAGAUUUUCAACACUUUGCUGUCCACAAUGAAAAAAAUCUUCUUGUACGUCUUCGGAAUGAUGGAUCAUGAUGUCCUUACUAUUUUACACAUCAUGGUUAGAUCGAACAAUGUUCAAAAAUUUUGACUACUCUUCUAUUUCGAUUCUUUUCAAUUCAGAAAAUAGCCACUACUCGAUGAAAGCCUUUUUCCUCUCUCCUCCCACACACAGGGUCAGCUCAAAAGUGUCCGUGAGAGGCACGCGCGUGAUUUGGCGAUGUUGCGACGACAGUUAAAGGCGAAUUCUGAGGCUCUGAAUCGUAGAAUCGCACAGACAAGGCAAGACAUUCUAGUCAAAGAGCGUGAAAAAGAUGAGCUCAUGGGAGCACAAGCGCAUGCAGCGCAAAUCGCAUUCGAGCAGAACGCGCAUAUGCAGGAGGACGAAGAGAUCUGGCAAUAACUAGAGAAGCAUAGGGCGGUAGUUGUGGUAGAACUCUGACUGACUCCAUGGUUUGGCGAUUAGUUUUCUUUUCAUCGGAAAAGGCGAAUGCAUUGGGAUGCGACCACCAUCGUAGAAGACCACUGUUGAUUUUGAUUGCCACAUUAUCAAAGGCGGGAUGCGACUACUUGCUGGUGCUUGGUGGAUGCUUGAGGAGGUGCAGAAGCGUGGUGUAGCAUCUAGUGGCAUGCUUCCGCAGAGGAGGUUCAUAAACUGACACCGUCAAGUCGCUCUGAGUCAGCGAUGAACUGCGUCAACAAAACAGCUCUACUCCUGAUGCCUCUUCCCUGAACUCGAAGCCACGUGUAAGUCCCUGCUCUUUUCCGUGCCCCAACAUCAUGCCUGUUUCAUGUGUAGAAGAAACCCCUUCCUUCUGACAGGAUUAUUGAAAUUUGAACAUUUGUGUCCCUAAAGCGGGACCGUGGAAUUGUAUUGCUGCCAUGAUUUUUUUGGAAAAUAGGAUGCACGACGG